AUAUGGAAAACGCAAAAUUACCAAUUGAAAACGCUCAUGAACCGACUGAAGAAGCUCAUCAACCGGUGUGCAUUAGCGGUAGCACCAUGAGUUCCCAAGAGGAGGCAAACAAACCGAAAAAACGGCAUGCAACGUUUGCAGAUAACACGAUGACUGAAAAAGAGCUUUCUCAAACUAGCAGCUCUUACAAAGAAGCUCUGAGUCAGCCCGCGCCAGGGAUCUCCCACCAGCAACGUCUGGCGUGGUUGCAGAAGCGACGCGGCCCCGGUUUAUGGGUACAAUGCGACGCGUGUAACUCCUGGCGUCGUCUGCCGCAUGUUGUUGACUCCCAUCAGCUGCCGCCUAAGUGGUAUUGCUCUAUGAAUCCAGAUAAAUCUGUAGCAGACUGCUCCGCCCCGGAAACUCCCCUGCGUAUAUCAGACGAAGAAGACCUCAUCCACAGCGAGUACUCGGCUGGCUCGCUGGUGUGGGCGCGGCUGCCCGGCUGGCCGUGGUGGCCCGCCAUGGUCGACGACGAGCCUGACACCGAGCAGUUCUACUGGCUCGACGGUUUCUCCGAUAUACCGACACAUUACAACGUCGUGUUCUUCGAAGAGAAGGGCGCCACACGGGCUUGGAUAUCUCCAGAAAAUUUGGAGCCUUACACUCAAAAUAAAAAGAGGUUCCGAGGUCCUUUAAACUCCAAGCAAUACAAGAAGCGACUAGAACGGGCUAUACAGAAGGCCGACAAAGCUGAAAAACUUCCUGUGGCCGAUCGUUUAGCCAAAUUCAGCUUCAUAAAUACCUACAAAGGGCCAAUAGUCAGUCCGAAGAAAGUAACCAAAACAGAGUUAGAGAUGUUCCAAAAGAAGUUGAAACGUAAAUUCAAUGUUGACUUUCCUAUUGAAGCUACUUCGGACUCUGAGGACGAGGAAUCUAUUCAAGCGCUAAGGGAAAUAAACAAAAAGAAAAAUGUUAUCCUGAUUGGUACACCUCGAAGUAAAAAGGCUAAACAAUAUAAUACUUCUAAUAAAGAUAAUGAUAAUGCAGCCAUGAAAGCUGUUUUAGAAAAGCAGGAUAAUGAGUAUCUUAAGCAUAAUGAGGAAAAUAAUACUAACGGGGAAGAAAACGGACGAAAGCCUCCAACGGAACAAGACAUUGAAAAGAAACCUAAAAAGAUAAUUGACUUUAAAACUCCUAAAAAAGGGUCAGAUGUUGUGAAAAAUACCACCAAUAUCAGCUUUCCAAGUGCAGCAACAACUAAUUCUCAAGAGCAAUCGUUUAAGAUACCAGAUUCUAUGGCUACUGAAAUCGGAAGCACACCGACAUUAAACUUGGGAUCGCAGAAUGGUUUUGAUAAUGAUUCUUCAAAAACGUACGUACCUGAAGAUGAAUCAGAUCCUGUAGUUAUUACUCAGGAUUUCCAGAUUCGCGUGGAUACUCCAAGCAGUGACGAUUUUGACUUUUAG